AUGGCGAGCUCGUCCAUCUACAUCGACCGAGCCAUGGACAGCAUUGUCGAUGGAGACAAAGUCCAACGAUUCAAGGCGGUAAACAACGCAGCCAGGGUGCUGUAUCGCGUGGCCAAGGUCUCUGAAACCCUUCUGUUCCUGCAGGAGGUUGGUGUGUACGACCGAGACGCGAUGGGCGGCCGCGGAAGAACUCGGAUGGACGACAGUUUCAAAGACGAUCCGUACACGGGCGGCUCGGUAUUCCGCACGUUUGACGGAUCCAACGCUCCUGGCGCCCUCCCGCAUGCCGUCCGGUCGACUCAGAAGCGACACAAGUACGAUGACAUGGCGCUCGUCAACGCACCACUCGUCGAACUCCUCCUCGGACCGGUCUGCGCCUCGAUAAACGAGAUCGAAGUCAAGUCUCCUCUCUCCCGCAACGUCUUUCCUCACGACGAAAGCGUCAACGAUGCCCACCAAGGCCGCGAAGAUGAUCACCACGUCGCGUAUCUCGUCCACCCGCGAGGUGGAAAGCAGGGCGAGCUCCUGGUCGUCGACCUGUGGGCCCCAAUCUUCGGCUUCCUAAGCCUUGUUCGCCACUACACACCGUAUCGCGAUACGCAAACGCGCGGAGUAUCUCCCGGUCGUCCCCUCGGUGCUGAGAGACACCGCUUCGACUCGGCCCUUGCUCUCGACCCAUUGGACGGGGUGACCCGUGCCGGUGUCGAGCUCCGUGGUCGCGCCAUCAGGGACUGCGUCGUCAAUACCGUGCGCCGCUGGUAUGGCUCGCCUUCGAGUGCGUCACCAAGUUCCGGAGCCGGCUGCUACGUCAACAACGCGCUGGCUCUGCCGGAGGGCGAGUUCGACAUCGCGCUCAACGCCUUGGAGAAGGAGGUCUAG